CAUUACACGAAAACUGCCAAAUUUUUUGCCGAUCAUUAAUGCAAAACGUUUGUUAUAAAAUCUUGUAAAAACACAUCGCGGGUUCUCACAGCAUAGGUUUUGAUUUUCCGUAGGCGAAAAUGGAUUCCAGGAACGCUGUAAAUCAUGAGCAUGUGUCAAUUUUCACUUUCUUGGCUUUGAUCUUCGUGCUCCGCAUCCUGCUCAUGAUCAUGAGGUGCAUUACUCGAGGAGCGUCACCAGCGAUUCCUCCAGGGCCAUUUCCGUGGCCCGUCAUUGGAAAUUUUCUCCAGGUCCGGGAAGAUCCACACAUCAAGCUUUCCAGGAUGGCCCGAACUUACGGCCCGAUCAUGUCGCUGAGGAUGGGUGCUCGGCUUGUCGUGGUGGGGUCUUCGGUGAAGGCUGCCAUGGAAAUACUUAAAACCCAUGACCGGGUGUUGUCUGGUAGACAUCUUUCGUAUACUCAACCGGCCUCAUGCCCGAAACUCAACCAGUAUUGGAUUGGUUUUGCGAGCGAGUGUAAUGACCAGUGGAAGCACCUGAGGUCCAUUUGUCGGGCCGGUCUGUUCUCAGUUAAAGCCAUUGAAAGACAGGUCGAGAUCAGGGAGAGGAACGUGGUGAACAUGGUGAAGUUCUUGAAAGAACGAGAAGGGCAGUUGGUGAACAUGAGUGAAGUUAUAUAUAACCUGGUUUUUAACACAAUGUAUAACAUCUUGCUCUCCAGGGAUGUUAUCGGAUUCGGGCCUGACGGCAGUGGUGCCGGGCCUGAGUUGAAGGAGUUGACAAAACAGUUUUUGAAUUUGAUAGCUGCUACGAAUGUGGCAGAUCUUUUCCCAAUACUGCAUGAAUUGGACAUUCAGGGCAUGCAGAAGAAGGUCAGGAAAAUUACUGAGAAAAUAUUUGCAAUUUGGCAGGAUAUUGUCGGAGAAAGAAGAGAUCAAAGAAGUAAAGGUGUUGGGGCUCAAGAAGAUUUCUUGGAUUCUUUACUUGAAAUUGGGCUUAGUGAUAAUCACAUCAACCACUUGCUAUUGGAGCUGUUACUUGCAGGGACAGACACAACAACUUCAACUAUCAUUUGGGCAUUAGCAGAUCUAAUGAAAAAUAAGGACGCCACGUCCAAACUUCGUGAUGAACUUACUGUCAGAAUUGGAAACAAAACCAUACACGAAUCCGAACUCAUGGAUCUCCCAUUUCUACAAGCCUGUAUAAAAGAAUCGUUAAGGUUGCAUCCCACUAUUCCAUUUCUGCUCCCUCGUCGAGCAAUCCAAUCGUCCAAAGUGAUGGAUUACAUAAUCCCUAAGGGCAGCCAAGUUAUAAUCAACACAUGGGCAAUGGCUUGUGACCCCUCCAUAUGGGAUGACCCAUCUCGUUUCAUACCGGAACGAUUUCUUGACUCUAGUUUGGAUUUUAGGGGAAAUGACUUUGAGUAUGUACCCUUUGGUGGCGGCCGAAGAAUGUGCCCCGGAUUGCCUAUGGCUGCUAGGACAGUUCCAUAUGUUGUGGCUUCUUUGAUCAACUCCUUCAAUUGGUUUCUUCCAGGAUACAACGACCCGAGUGAGCUCAACAUGAAUGAAAUGUACCUUCUGAUUCUGAGAAAGAAACAACCUCUCCAACUCAUUCCUAGAGUUUGUAAGAAAAUGGCUUGAGAUAUUCAAGAAAUUUUGCUCAUGAGUAGUAAACGUUAGCUCUCUUGUGUGAAAACAAGAUGGAAGUAAUUAACUGCUAUUUUUGGCAUGUUUGCACAUGAUGUUUGACUGCCUCAUCCUAUUCCUACUUAAGGUUGCUUUUCCUUAACUUUCAAGCAGUCCCUGUUUCCCUCAUUUGUUAGAUACAA